AAAAAAAUUGUAAUUUAAAUCAUAAAAUAAUAUAUACAUACCUGGCUUUUUCCAGCUUCCCGUGCAAGCGCUGAAUGGCCGUCGCCCUUAUUAUAAGUGCUUCUGAAGAACAACCUUACAGACUCUCUGUCUCUGUCUCUGUCUCUGUCUCUGUCUCUCUCUCUUCAAUCAUUUUCUGUUUCUUUCUCUCUCUUCCUCUUCGGUUUCAUCCUCAGGCGUGGCCUUCCCCUCUCAUCAUUCCUUCUCCUUUCUUCUCUCUCUCUAAGAACUCCAUUAAUGCUCUUCUUCACUCUCCCUCCUCAACGCUUUCUUCCUCUCUGUUUUUCUCCUCCGUAAUCAUACCUUCCUCUCUGUUUCUCUCUGUUUCUCUCCCAGCUUUUCACGCUAAACAUUGUUUGCAUUCCAAGCUUUUUGUAUAUAAUUAUUUGUCCAUGGAUGUUUGGGAUCAGCAACUGCAACUGCCUCAAGAUCGCCACGGCCGUCACCGGAGGCAGAAUCCGUCGUUUUCUUCUUCUCUUCUUGACGCUAUUUACCGCUCCAUUGAUGAGAGCAACGGCGUCGAAGGUGAAGAGAAGGUCAUCUUGUACAGAGAGACUAUGAGGAAGAAGCAGAGUAUUGCAAUGAAGGAGGAUGAAGACGAUAGGUUGAAUUUCCGCCGGGCUUGUAUGAUUGAGAAGUGGAUGGAGAAGAAGGUUAGUGAGAAGGUUGUUGUUCGAAAGAGUUCCAUGGCGGAUUUCGAUCGGAAGGCGAGGAAUGUUCGUGAUCGCGAUAAUCGCGACCGUCGCGACCUUCGCGAUCGUGAUUUUAAGAAAUUGAUGAACUCGAGUUCGAGUUCUUCGGAAUCGAGUUCUGGAGGGGGAUUUUCUUCGUCCGAAUCGGAAUCUAGGUCGUCUUCUUAUACAAUGCAUCGGCCGAGGCCGAUUAGAACAGAGAAGGCUGAAUUCGACGGCCAUAGCGACGAAAUUAAAUUUUCGAUCCCUAAUCAGAAACCGAAGCACGAAAACGGCUUCGUGAAGACGAAAUCGAAAGCGCUAAGAAUCUACGGCGAUCUAAAGAAAGUGAAGCAGCCGAUCUCUCCAGGAGGCCGCCUCGCGACCUUCCUGAACUCGCUCUUCAAUGGCGGAAGUCCAAGGAAACAGAAAUUCACAAAUUCCUCCAAGCAAACCGACGCCUGUAUGAGAAAAUCAAAAUCCACACAAGGAUCAACGUGUUCUUCCGCAUCGUCAUUCUCGAGGUCCUGUUUGAGCAAAACACCAUCCAACGGCGAGAAACUCAUCAACAAUGGCAGCACAAAGCGAUCGGUCAGAUUCUGCCUAGACGAAGAUUCUCGGCCUUGCGAACACAAAAGCCUUCAAGACAAGCUCGGAUUAAUGGCGGCAGCAACAACUAUGCGAAACGUUCUCAGAAACGACCAUUGUCUAGAAGAGGAAGCUUCAGCAGAUCUGAUGAACAGUUACCAAAAGAAGAUCAAUGGCGAUGUGUACAUAAACAGAGUAGUAGAAAACGAAGACGAAGACGAAGAAGACGACGACGAAGAUGAUGAAGAAGACGACGAAGAUGCAGUGAGUAGUUGUUCGAGCUCUGAUUUGUUCGAAUUGGAUAAUCUCUCAUCGAUCGGUAUCCAAAGGUAUCGCGAAGAACUGCCCGUCUACGAAACAACGCACUUCACUACCAAUCAGGCAAUCGCCAAUGGAUUAAUUUUGUAAUAAUAAUAUAUUUUUUUUUUAUAAAAAAAAAAAAGCCUUUUGGAA